CAGGCUGACCUCGCUCCCAAACUCCCCGCCCACAGCUCGAUCCUCUUCGCCCAAAAGAAAGCCAAGAACCUCUCCUUCGAGACGAUCGGAAAAGAGCUCGGACGUGAGGAAGUAGCAGUCGCAGCCCUCUUCUACGGUCAAUCCAACGCAACAGACGAGGAUGUUACGAAGCUCUGCCAGAUUCUCGAUAUCCCAGAAGAUGCACUACGGGCCACAGAGAUCACCUCUCUUCCCGACCGUGGUCGCUCGAUGGAGAUGCCUCCCAGGGAGCCGUUGAUGUAUCGGUUGUAUGAGAUUGUGCAGAACUACGGAUACGCGUACAAGGCUGUUUUGAACGAGAAGUUUGGCGACGGUAUCAUGAGUGCCAUCUCGUUCUCGACGAAGGUGGAGAAGGAGACGGACGAUAAGGGUGAUUGGGUCAAGAUCACUCUGCGUGGAAAGUGGUGA